AUGUUACUUCACCCAUCUAACCACGCUAUUACUAUCUAUGAUGGUCGAUUUACGGAUCUUCGCUUCUCUAAUUACCGUGGUCAGCAAAGAAUGGAUAAUGAACUUGUAAACAUAUUUUGUUCAGGCGCAACAGCUUACACAACUGUAUCUGUAACAACGAGCGGCCCUUCAACCGAGACUCAAAAUCAGAAAUGGAAGAAAGCUCCCUUCAAGUACGAGAAGAAAGUGCCUUUGAUCGCCUUAGGAAGUACAGUAUUAAACGUGACAAUGAAAGGAAAGCAAUCUGGUAUGCUUCAUAGGUUAAGGAAAAAGAUGGAGGAAGCAAGUGCCGAUGAAAGGCUAAUUCUGGUGUAUACCGAUGAAUACCUUACUUGA